CAGGGACGGCCCCGGCGGCGGGUCGGCAGCACCGCCUCCUUCCCCGGCAGCGCGGGCGGCGGCGGCAGAGCCUCGCCCGGGACGCCCCGCGUAGAUGCUGUGACAAUGGAGUUGAGCUGCGCUGAAGUACCUCUUUAUGGACAGGUGACUAUAAAUGCAAAAUUUGUCAAAGACAUUUACCUCCCAGAGGAUGCGGAGUUUUACUUUGUUUAUGAUGGAUCCCUGAAGAGGCACAUAAUGUUUGCUGAGCGAGUUAGUGACAACACUCUUCGGUCCAUUGUUCCGGGCCAUGGAUGCCAAGAAGCAGUUUCUGUCUCUGUGUUAAUGUAUACAAGGGGAUACUCACCUGUGGUCCUUGGCAGCUGUCCUGUCACUUACAGAGAGAAUCUGUCUUGCAAGUUGUCUCGCUUUCUGGUCGAUCACGCAGAAUGUGUCACUGCUGCUAGUCACACGAUGUUGCUGGAUAAGUUUGGGCUAAGGAUAAAAGAUCUGCAGUCCCUGGAUAACGAUUUGAUGAUGGCUGUUGCUCAUGAAGAAUUGCCAUUGACCUGGAACAUCCUUGGAAGCUGCUCAGAAGGUGAGCCUAAACAUAAAGAAACUCUUCUCCACCUUGUGAUGAAAUUGGGCUUAGUUAAGCUUUCCCAGUUCUUGGCAGCCCAGCCUGGAGGGUCAUCAGCACUAGCAUUACCUAAUGAGGAUGGAGCAACACCAUUAGAUUUGGCUUUACAAAAUGGGCACUCCAAACUUGUUGAGGUCUUCAUGAAUUUCCAGGGCAGUCACUUGCUUGACAUUUCAAGAGCGGAGAUCAGCGAGGGUGCUCGCGUGCAGUUUGUUCAUUCAUCGGGAGCUCUGACGCUGACAUUUAGCCACACCGCACAGCACUUGCUGGAGUCGGACAUUAAGCUCUUCAGAAAAUACUUCUGGGACAGACCUCUUCUUUACCAGAGUAUUAAUUCAAACCAAGUUGAGCCAGUGGAAGGUCCAAAAAUGCCCCGCAGUACAACAAGCUCUGUAGAAGAGCAGAGACACUCUACACUUGAUAUCCUCAGGAAACUCAAGGCUCCACCUACUUUCUUUGCUGCAACCAGACUUUCUGCCAUGCUGAGUGGGAGUGAUGAAGUAUAUGCGAACUGCAUGGUAGUAGACCAAGCUGGAGAUUUAAAGACUAACUAUGUUCAUGGAGAUACUGUCAGGAGUGACACAUGUCCAAAUCCCACCAACUCAAUCCCGAUGGCUAAGAGCUCUUCUUCUCCCUCCCUUGAUGAGACUGACCAAGACAUAUAUAUUCCAAAUGAAGGAAAUCAAAGGCCAAUGAAUAAUGGAGAAAAUGCAGGUUUAAGACUUACUGUUUCAUCUUCUGAGCCGUAUAGAGCAGAUUCAUACCUUCCAUUCAAGACCCAUGGAUUAAUUAAAGAUCAGGGCCAACUUUAUGCUGACAUGAAAAAAAAAAGUUCAAGUCUUGAUGACCUUGAAGUAGAUGGCGGAAGUGGAGGUGUUUCAGACAGAUCCCACGUUCACUACCCUCCCCUCGGCUCUUCAGAGGCCAUGGCUUGUAGCAGAGAUGGAUUAGACUUAUCUACCAGUCUGCAGCCCGAGGAAUGCACAGUGUCUGGAAUUCGGUCACGCUCCUAUUCCUGCUCCUCGCCCAAAGGUUUAUUAGGAAGACCUCACAUUCCUCAAGACUUCACAGUUGGGGAUUUGAAUGAAGAUGGUGUGCUCAUGAACAGUGGUCGAUCCCUCCUUCAGGCUCUUUCACUCUCUAAGUCAGUGUCUCUGCUCCACCCUUGUAGUAAGUACCUCAAUGCCAACCCCACAGCGCUGUUUUGCAUGAGGCUGUCUUCAUCUCCCGUGGGUACAUGGCCUUCGUUUCUUCCGAAAGCAUCCUGUGGCACAGGUCGUGCCUGGCAACUAACUGAAAUGCCCUUUGAGUCUCGCUGCUUCUUUGAGCGAGCGUACAGUCUGCCAGAGCAGUCCCGAGAGAAAAGGAUUCAGGAGGAGGAAUGGAAUAAAUAUAUUGCACCCUCAAAAAAUGAGUCUGAAAAAUGUAAAGUGAGUCGGACUUUCAGCUUUCUGAUGAACAGAAUGACCAGCACACGGAAUAAGUGCAAGACAAAAAAUAAAGAUACCAAAGAUAAAGAGAAACUGAACAAGCACAAUUUUACAAAUGGAACCUUCUCAGGAGUUAUCCCAUGCAUGGCCUGUGAAAAGGCCCUCCUAGGAAAGGAGUCACUGCAGUGCUCCCAUUGCAAUGUGAUUGUGCAUAAGAGCUGCAAGGAGUCUGCUCCUGUGUGCACCAAGAAAUCCCAGGAGAGAUACCAUAAUAAAAACAAACCCCAAGCUGGUGUAACAAAUUCCCUGCCUGGAGACAUUUCACAGGCAGUGCUCUCCUCAGUGCAUCCUUCUUCCUCUGUGCCUAUCGGACGCUCUGCUGGAAGGAGGGAAGUCUUGCAACAGUCCCACUUCUUGUCCAAAAGUGUCCCCAGUGCCAGUUUUGAAAGAAGAUCUGCGCCAUUUUCUGAACAAGACUCUGAGACUAGCACCUGGAGGUCCAAGUCACGUUCUGAAGAGACAUUACAAGGAUUAGGGACCUUUUCUUCAAUGGAUCCUUUAAUGAUGGAAGAUGAUGUGGAUUUGUCUCAGUGGACUGAUCUCCGCAUAGAUGCACAAGAGUUUGAGGCGGAGUCCUGGAGUUGUGUUGUGGAUCCAGUGUUCUGUAGCAAGCAACAAAAGGAUACCAUCAAGAGGCAGGAUGUCAUUUUUGAGCUGAUGCAAACAGAAGUGCAUCACAUCCAUACCCUGUUAAUUAUGUCUGAAAUAUUCAGGAAAGGGAUGAAGGAAGAACUGCAGCUGGACCACAGCACAGUGGACAGAAUAUUCCCCUGCUUAGAUGAGCUACUGGAGAUGCACAGGCAAUUCUUCUGCAGAAUGAAGGAGAGACGGCAGGAAUCGUGUAUGGCAGGGAGCGAACGUAAUUUUGUCAUCAGCAGAAUUGGAGACAUCCUUGUGCAGCAGUUUUCAGAGGAAAAUGCAACUAAAAUGAAGAAAAUAUACGGAGAGUUUUGCAGCCAUCACAAAGAAGCUGUUAAUCUCUUCAAAGAGUUGCACCAAAACAAGAAGUUCCAGAAUUUUAUUAAACUGAGAAAUAGUAACCUGUUGGCACGACGCCGAGAAAUCCCUGAAUGCAUUCUCCUUGUCACCCAGCGAAUCACCAAAUACCCUGUUCUGGUUGAAAGGAUAUUGCAGUACUCAAAAGAAGGAACAGAAGAACAUAAAGACCUAUGCAAAGCCCUUUGUCUAAUUAAGGACAUGAUUGCAGCAGUAGAUUUGAAAGUGAAUGAAUAUGACCAAAAGCAAAAGCUGCUGGAAAUUCUCAGUAGAACUGAAAACAAAACAUAUACAAAGCUGAAAAAUGGCCAUGUUUUUAGGAAGCAAGACUUGAUGAGGAAAGAAAGAAUACUUCUUCAUGAAGGUUUAGUGUACUGGAAGACAGCGACUGGUCGUUUCAAAGACACUUUAGCUCUGCUUCUAACUGAUAUGCUACUGUUCUUACAAGAAAAAGACCAAAAAUACAUCUUCGCAGCUGUUGACCAGAAGCCUUCCAUAAUCUCCCUUCAGAGGCUCAUAGUAAGAGAAGUAGCCAAUGAAGAAAGAGGGAUGUUUCUGAUUAGCGCUUCGUCUACAGGGCCUGAGAUGUAUGAGGUUCAUACCAACUCCAAAGAGGAACGUAACAAUUGGAUGAGACAUAUUCAAGAUGCAGUGGAAAGUUGCCCAGAGGAACAAGAAGGAAAAAUAAGUGAAUCUGAUGAGGACAGGCGUAUUGCUGAGGCAAAAGCAUCCAGAAUUCAGAAAUGCCAAGAAUCACUGAGUAACCAGGACCAGCAGAUCUGUAGUUAUUUGGAAGAGAAAUUGCAUAUCUAUGCAGAACUGGGAGAUAUGCAUGGGUUUGAGGAUGUUCAUGUGGAACCUCACCUCCUUAUCAAACCUGAUUCUGGAGAAACUCCACAGGCUGCUUCAUUGCUGGCAGCAGCUCUCCGAGAAGUUGAAAGUCUCCAUAUUGCUGUAACGACAUCACAAGUGAGUGAAACAGACAAAUCACCAGAGGAAAUUACUGAAGAAUUAAGUGUGAACCACAGAUUUAGUGCCAAUGAAAUCUUGGAAUCUGUUCCUGGUGAUGCAGAAAUAAAAGAAGUUGAAGAAUCAUCUGAAGUCAAUCUCAGUGUUGAAAAAGAAAUGACAGGUGCCAAUCUAGAGGAUAAGGGAGGAAGUAUGAGUUUCCCAGAAUCUACAGGGACAGAGAUUGUACAAGCAAUCCAGAACUUAACCCGUCUCUUGUACAGCAUACAGGCAGCACUAGCUAUCCAGGACAGCCACAGAGAACUCCAUAGGUUAAUCCUGCAAGAGAAUGAGAAGACCGGUCGGGGCCAUGGUUCUCGGCUAAACCUCCUUCUGGAACAAGAAAAAUACCGGAAUCUGGAAAAACAAAGGGUGGAGCUGGCCAACAUACACAAACUGAAGCAGCAGUUUCAGCAAGAGCAGCAGCGGUGGCUGCGUGAAUGCGAGCAGCGGCAGCGGGAGCAGGAGGCGAGGGAAGGGCGGCUGGGGCAGCGGGAGAGGGAGUGUGGGUGCCAGGAGGAGCUGCUGGAGAGGAGCCGACAGGGACUGGCAUUGCAGCUACAGGAGUACCAGCAGAGCCUGGAGAGGCUCCAGGAGGGCCAGAAGAUGGUGGAGAGAGAAAGAGACAGUGUGAAAAUGCAGAAGAAGCUCCUCUGGCACUGGAAGCACGGUCAAAAAAAUAGCCUGGUGUCAUCCACAGGGAGCUACAAGAUAAUGGGACAUAAUGAAUCGAACAGCUUACAUCGCGAAAAUACAUUCUACUUAAAUGAAGCUGUAGUGUGUUUGUCUCUAAGCAGCCUUAACAGAUCAGAUUCUUCUCUCGUUUAUGAGGAUGGUGUGUAUGGGAUGAACAUCUCGAAUUCUGAUAUAGCAAGGACUAGUGAAAAUCAGAUGGACCUCAAAAUGGACACUUCUUGUCAGCCAACGUUAACCAGUACACUGUGGAAAUCCACUGGUCCUUACCAGCAGAUGUCUUUUUCCUGCAAAAGCAACAAGGAUGCCUUUAAUAAUGAUCUGAAUGCCUCACAGGCCCAGGGUCUCCAGACAAGCAUUCCAAACCCGGGAUCCAUCCAGCCGCCACAGGUAGACACGCUGCUGCUGAACCACCAGCCCGAGAGUGUGCAGGAUGCAGAAGGUGGAGGCAGAGUAGAGGAGAAGAUUGUUUACCUCUGAUGGCUCGUCUUCUAAUUUCAGUAGCACUUUGGAAAUAUAAUUGUGUCCGCUUUCCUAAAUGUCCGUAGUUGCUCUCUGUAUGACCAAGUGGCUUUAAGGGUAGUAUUUAAUAUUCAAUGAAAGAUUUUCCCCAUGAUAAAUAUAACAAUUAAGUUAUUUCAAAGCCUUUGUUUUACAAUCUUUAAUUUAUGACAUGAUUUCAGAUGCUCUGCAAGAAGCAAUGGUUAGCAGGGGAGACAUAACAUUUUGGAAUUGUAAAGAUGCCACCAAGAGCUGUGAAAGCUAGCGCUGACUUUCUUGAGUCUUCUUUUUAAAAGGGCAAGCUAAGAGAGAUGGGUCUGCUACUGAGAUUUCAGAGUAUGGAUCAGUAACCUUUUUACAGUUGUGAUAUAACGUGAGAAGACAGCAAUGUAAGAAUGAUGGCCGUAGUCUUUGCUGAAAUGUGCUAUGUACCCUUAAUUAUGCGGUUAUUUUAUUUAUCCCUUGGCUCAGGAACUGCUCAGAAGAGGAUGGUUUUUAUUGCUGUGGUGGGUUGACCCUGUCUGGAGGCCAGGUGCCCACCAGAGCCGCUCUAUCACUCCCCCUCCUUAACUAGGCAGGGGAGAGAAGGUGUAAUGAAAGGCUUGUGGGUCGAGAUCACUCACUAAUUAUUGUCACGGGCAAAACAGACUGAACUGAGAGAGGAGAUUCAUCUAAUUUAUUACCAAGCAAAACAGAGGAAUGAGAAAUAAAACCAAAUCUUAAAACACCUCCCCCCACCCCUCCCUUCUUCCUGGGCUUAACUUCACUCCCCAUUUCUCUCCCUCCUCCCCCCUCAGCGGCACAGGGGGACGGGGAAUGGAGGUUGUGGUCAGUUCAUCACAUGUUGUCUCUGCCACUCCUUCCUCCUCGGGGGGAAGACUCCUCUCAUCGUUCCCCUGCUGCAGCGUGGGGUUCCUCCCACAGGAGACAGUCCUUGACGAACUUCUCCAUUGUGAGUCCUUCCCACAGGCUACAGUCCUUCACGAACUGCUCCAGCGUGGGUUUCUCCCAUGGGGUGCAGACCUUCAGGAGCAAACUGCUCCAGCGUGGGUCCCCCACAGGGUCACAAGUCCUGCCAGCAAACCUGCUCCAGCCUGGGCUCCUCUCUCCAUGGGGCCACAGGCCCUGCCAGGAGCUUGCUCCAGCAUGGGCUUCCCACAGGCCACAGCCUCCUUCAGGUGCCUCCACCUGCUCUGGCGUGGGGUUCUCCACGGGCUGCAGGGGGACAGCCUGCUUCACCAUGGCCUUCACCACGGGCUGCAGGGGGAUCUCUGCUCCAGCGCCUGGAGCACCUCCUGCCCCUCCUUCUGCACUGACCUUGGUGUCUGCAGAGUUUCUUACAUCUUCUCACUCCUCUCUCUGGCUGCAAAAGCUCCCCCUAAGUUGUUUUUUCCCUUCUUAAAUAUGUUAUCACAGAGGCGCUGAUUGGCUUGGCCUUGGCCAGUGGCGGGCCUGUCUUGGAGCUGGCUGGCAUUGGCUCUAUCAGACACAGGGGGAGCUUCUAGCAGCUUCUCACAGAAGCCACCCCUGUAGCCCCUCCCCCCCCGCUACCAAAACCUUGCCAUGCAAACCCAACACAUUCCACCCCUCGCCUCUGUGAAUCACAUAUUUAAGAAUUAUCAUUAAAAUACACACUCACUACAGAAACUUCACAAACACUAAAUCACACCAACAAGAAGAAAAAAAAAGAAUUCCUCACACCAAAAUCAAAAUAACAUCAUCACAUCAAACGAGUGGACAAUUUACACACACAAUCCACCCCUUGUCCCUUCCCCACUGUUUCACUCUCUGGCUAUGUUCAGCCCAUGUUUUGCCCAUUGCCUCUUCCAAUUACUAUCCUUAUCUCGAUUUUUCUCGUGCCCCACGUUGGGCGCCAAAUUUUAAGUGUUUGUUCAUGUCCCAAAGCUCAUCAUCAUUUUGGUACUACUGCCAGUUUGUGUGCAGAGAUGCUGUAAAUCAGUUUGUUAUUGUAUUUUAACUGUACCUUCAGAAAGUGCCCUUACACAUUAAAAUUUACCAGAUGAGACCAUCUCACUGGUCAAAAGAAAGGGGAAAAAUAGUAGGCUUUUAGUUAACUGAACCCUUCUGAAACUCUGCUACUUUCCCAUGUAGGAGCCAGCUAGCUUCCUGCUUUCAGGUUCAUGGGAUCAUCUGUGUGUUAGGCAGUAAGAAACCAGGACCUGUUUUGUGCCUUUUUGUCUUUAAAAAAUAUCUGUACACUUCUG